AUGCAAGCCGUUAUCAAGAGACUUUCAGGAAAUAAUGAACUUAUCACCCUCUCCGCCAACGAGACCGCCGGUAUGGUCAUGACCAGAUUGGGCUGUGGAAAGCUUUUCAACGGAAGCAAAAUCCUUGCUGAGAACGAUGUCGUCUGCAGCGCCUCACUCUUUGAAAUGGGUGGUCUUGAAGGAGGUAAGAACAAGAAGUCAAAGAAGAAGGACGCCUCAAAACCAAAACACAAGAAGCACGUCAACAAGAAAGUCAAAUUGGCUUGCCUCAAGCUCUACUCCGUCACUGCUGAAGGAAAGGUCGAGAGACUCAGAAAGGCCUGCACCAACAAGAAGUGUGGUCAUGCUUGCUUCUUGGCCCAACACGCCGACAGAUUGACAUGCGGAAAGUGCCACACCCACAUCCUCAAGAACUGA